AUGCACACUGACAGUGGUGAGAGGAAAGCCAGUGGAGGUGCCGUGCGCAUACGCAAGCGACGGCCCAACUCAGCCAACGCCAACGAACGAACCAUCAAAGCAAUGUCUGUCAGUACCAACAGAGCCGAGGCCCAGGCAGCGGGCGUGGGAGGCAGCGCGGUGAGAGGGGCCACUGCCAAGCCAAACACACCGAGCCAGCAACCCGCGCGGAAUAGCACCACGAACCCUAGAGCGCCAAAUAACGCCAACUCUGUCACGCCAAAUAACGCCAACUCUGUCACGCCAAAUAACGCCAACUCUGUCACGCCAAAUAACGCCAACUCUGUCACGCCAAAUAACGCCAACUCUGUCACGCCAAAUAACGCCAUGGCUACCACCAGUCCCAGACGCGACCGUGCAAGACACACACGAGAUGUGGGGGAUGGCGGUGAUGGAGACAGUCAUACACGUGUCGGUAUUGACACCGUCAGUCUGGACGACGCUAUAGUCGCGGCCCAGAAAGAGAUUGAGGUGCUGAGGGCCGAUGAGCGGGGCAAGUACUCCAAGUACACCCAACCAGGUGCAGGUGCAGGUGCAGGUGCAGGGACAGAUCUCACCGAUGGGAGUGGUGCAGGGGUGUGUGAGGGCGUUGCGACGGAUUUCAGUGUGGCCAAGAACGACUACGCAGCGGAGACGAAAGGCUCUGACGAAGACACCAGAAGCACGCACUCAGCAACCAGCACCACCCAGCGCCUCAGCACACCUCUGAUUGUGCAGGCCCCACCCCUGGACAUGAUCACAACAGACCCGCCCGAGACACCCAACACCCCCGCCGACAACACGUGUAUUUACGGCCUCACAGACGGCAUGGACACUCUGGCGCUGCACGUGGCAGCGGCGGCGCUCACGGAUACGGAGAGUGUGAUAGACACCCCCAGUGUGCGCAGCAGUGUACAUAGCAUGGACUUAGAGGAGUUGCUGGGGGGUGGGGUGGGGACGGGUGCACUGGAGUCUGUAGAUGAUCUGGCGGAUAUCAAUGUGCAUGCGAUGGAUCCGGAGAUUGCGGAGAGGCUGAUACCGCGGGCAAAGACACCGUCGCUGAAGGAGAAGGUUGCUAGGGGCGCCAUACCUACACGUGUGGUUGCUAAGGUGAGCGACACCGGCACAUCAUCCUCGAGGACAGGUGACACCGACGCCACCAAUGUGAGACGCCCACGCAGGCAACGGACUGCCGAGACGACUGAAUUGGGCCACAGCCACAGCGUACGUGGCGAAGGCUCCGAUAGUACGACUGUGAGUGUGAGAAAGGGGUCUCAGGUGAAAGGGCCGGAGGGGAGUGUGCGUGGCGCAGGUGGCGACAGUACGGUAGUGUCGAGUGGGGGGGUGAGCAGGAACAGAAUGGCGUCGGUCACUCCCCCGCACUACCGCAUGCGACGCGUGCACGCUGAGGUGUCGACUCGAGGAGGUGUCUCUGAGCACGCCCCGGAACCACAGCCAAGGCCACCGCGCUCAGCCCAGCCACAGCCACAGACACAGACACAGACACAGACACAAACACAGACACAGAAACAGACACAGACACGAGCACUGCCGUCACCAUCACAGGCGGUAGGCUCGAACAGUCUGGAUAGUGUGGAAGGUCUGAUCAUAUCACGAGAUGCCAGCCGCAACAGCCUCACAACCCACUCUCAGUCGGGCUCGACCGCAGAGGAGUUGGGUGGGGACCCCGGUUGCCAUGACGACGAGAGUCAUCGGUACACACCCAUGUACGCACACACGCCUAGCCAACUCCAGCCGUGUGGGGAGAGCGAAGUGUUGGAGCUGGAGAUGCAGGAACGUCCCGCUACACCCGGCGGACAGGCCACACCCGCACGACUGGUGGCACGGUCACCCAGACAGGUGGUGGUCAGUGCCAAUAGGGGCAUGGGAGCACACGCGUACAGCAACAACAGCAACUACAACAACAAUAAUAGUAAUAGCAACAACAACAGUAUCAGUAUCAGUGUGAAUGCGAAUGCAGGCGUACUCACCCAGCCGAGCUCAGAGACGAGCUUGCCUGUGAGUGGCCAGGGUGUGGCGAGCGGUGGCAGCCGCACCGGCUCGAAGAUUGCGGUCAUGCGCCGCGUCACGCGAGACAGUCGAAGCGGUGGCUACGACACGUCCGAACUAGACACGGACUCAGCAGGGCUCAGUGGGGGGGGCGCCAGCGCGGAAUUUGAUUGGACGAUAGACGACAGCAUGAGUAUCAUGGGUGACGUCACCAGCGUCAGUGGCCGGCAGCCGGUAGUCCUCAAGUCACGUCAACAGGUGACGGUGCGGAUGGGGUCUGCACGCAGCAAGGGCACCACUCCGGCGGGAAAAGGAACCGCCAGUCCGUCGCAGGUGCGUAGUAGUGUGCACGUGGGGGGGGGGCACUGGGAAUGCUGGGAAGGGGCAGGGCAGCAGUCAGACGAAGCUGUACAGUGA